AUGGAAGCCCUUCUAUCUAAUGAACGGGAAGCUCAGAUUUUAGCUGCCAGAGAACUUGGUAAACUCGCAACCAAACUAAGACAGAAGUUACCAGAAAAAGGGAUCAUUUCUCGGCUCGUUAUGAUGCUUCGUACGCAAGAUUAUGAAGCCACUGAAGCGGCACUCUGCUCUACUUUGUCUAGCUUUUCACAAAACAAGAUCCGAAUUGCAAAUUCUGGUGCCAUACCAGUAUUGCUGGAGAUCAUUCAAUGCCAAAAAGAGUCAUUGAUUGACCUUGCAGCAGCAGCCCUCUUGGUUCUUCCUUCUUGCUCCGCUAACAAGCUAGCAAUCGCAGCAUCUGGGGCUAUCCCGAUCCUGUUCGGAAAACAAUCAGAGAUGAUUGAGAAGGCGAGGGCAUUAUUGGAGAAGAUGGUUUCCUUGUCAGAGAUUGCACUGAAGGAGGUUGCUGAGACUGCAUCUCUUGUAAUCCACUUUCUAGUGGAGGCCAUCGAAGAAGGUACACCACUAUGCAAAGAGCACGCUGCAGCUAUGUUACUGGUCAUGUGCCAAAGCUGUAGGGAUAGAUGCAAAUCCAGAGAUUGGCAAAAAAUUUUGGGGUUGCAGAAAGACAGAGGGAAGAAGAAGAAGAAUGUUGGUUUUCAUCCGUUGCAACAAUUUUUGUUCCGUUAA